CAUUGUUUUCUCCAUUCCCAUCAUGUCAAGGAUAUUGCUUGGCUUCUUUUAUGCUCCAGCUCUCUGUCUCCUCUGGCUUACAAACCAUGCAGUGGACUCAGUUCAGCUGUCGGCUCCAGAGGUGGUAACAGCAGCCUACGGAGGAUCUGUGACAGUCCCUUGUCAGUACGACCAUCAGUUCAGAGAAAACACAAAGUACUGGUGCAAAGGAAAGAUAUAUAGGCUGUGUAGGAUAGUGGUAAAAACACCCAAGAACAGGCCAAGUAACAGAAGCUUCAUUACAGAUGAUAAGGAGGCAGGCGUCUUCACUGUAACUAUGACUUCUCUCAGAAAAAGUGAUGAGGAUAUGUACUGGUGUGUCAUUGCCAGAAGUGGAACGAACAUCUACGCCGGUGUCAGGCUCUGCGUCUCCCACACAGGUAUACUUCAGCUGGUGAUAACAACUACCACCACCACACCAACCAGUUCAUCACCGAUGGCACAAGAGGAAAUAAUUUGGUGGACGGUUCUGCGUUGGAUCCUCUUCAUUUUAAUAUUGUGUUGUUUGGUAUCAACACAUAUUGUUGUGUGGAGGAUAAAGACUGCAAGGAAAAUAUGGCCACACCUACAAUUUAAACGCCAAAGCUCAAACAUUUAUGACUGAUUUUGGCAAAACCGUAAUUUUGAAUCAUGGGUGAAUUAUAAACACGCUUGUACUGGGGCUACAAAAUUAUUCCUGCACUGGACACUUUAUCAGUGUGUGAAUUAAACUGAAAAAUAAACCAAGUGAAAAGUG